AGAAAGAGCUUCCUCCUUCCUGGCAGAUUCUUGUCACGGUCCUUGCAGUUGUAUUCUCCAGCAAAAACCCUAAAACUCGCUUUUUCUUCCAUGGAGUUCUUUUGUUGAUUAUAAAUAAAAAUUAAAUAAAAAAUCAGUCACACUUCAGAUUUUUUUGAACUUUUCUAGAAAGUGAAAAAUGAUUUUCAGAAAUUAACCAAAAAGUUUAGAAAAUAAGGAAAUUUGAAGCCACUUCAUUGAGAGCAAGCAAACAUCAAGCUGCUUCAGAAUGAUUGAUGGUUGUGAUCAUGAUGCAGCAGCAGACUUCUGCAGCACCCCCGUCGCACUCAAUCAUUACUCCCCCUUCCUCCACCACCACCACCCCCACCGCCAUUAGAUCACCCACGGCAACCCCUACACACUCCCAGCAGCACCCCUCGCCUCUCCACCGCCAUGCUCUUCCUGUCCCACCGCCACCUCUCGACCACGUGCUGCCGAUUGCGGCCGCCCACCCGUCCGGCGAGCCUGCGCCGACAAUUCAAUGCCAGCUCGCGAGGGUCCGGCUCUCAGAUAUUGCCCCGUACCACGGGGCACCCGGUGGGUCGUAUGUGAGGGCGGUGGAGGCGCUUUCGGGGUCUUUAACGAGGCACAAUGCGGCUGUCAUCGAAUUGGGGAGCGAAGACGCGGCGCUCCUGCGGUGCGGCUUGGAAGCCUCGAGGUUGUAUUUUAGGAGUAGAGCUCAGCUCGGUGUUGGGAAAGGAAGCCGUGGAGUUCACAUGUACAGAGCUGGCAGGGCUUUGGAAGAUUGGGACUCAUCCCCACCGUGCAUGGCGGAUAUUUUUAGGUGCAUGGGCAAGGCAGCCCAUGUGGCUUUGUGUGCAGUAGCUAGGCAUCUUCGUUUGCGAAGCGAUGUUUUCAACCAUUUGCUUGACGAUACUCCAUUACCUGCUAAUGAGGUGUCGUCGUCAGUUCUGGUUGCAACAUACUCAAAUGCUUCCCUGCAAAAUGGAAAAGGUGCUAUUGGGGGAGGGAAGCCAGGAAUGAAUGCUGAAGUUGAGAAGGGAUUAUUAACAUUGGUUUCCUCAGAUGGUCCUGGUAUACAGGUAUGUGACCCCAAUGGUCGUUGGUACCUAGCAGAUGGUGGGUUAUCUCCUGGGGAUCUUUUACUACUUACAGGUAAGGCACUCAGCCAUGCUACUGCUGGCCUCCGCCCAACUGCACCGUAUAAAGCUGCUCCCGAUUACUCUUCAGGCAUUAGUAGUGGUGGGAGGACAUCGCUUGCAUUUAGGCUCAUGCCACAAGGUAACGCUAUAUUAGAUUGUUCUCCAGUUGCAGCAGCUGGUCAUGUUAUUCCCCACGGCUAUGUCCCAAUAUCUGUAAGCCAGUUUAUGGAUGAUCUUUCUGCUGAGGAAGAUGUAUUGGGCAGUCGUUCUGACAACACUUAUGUAGCUCGAAACAAUUUAAACAAGGAACCAUCUUUAAGAAGCGUUCUCUCAGAUCCCUUGUCUGGGUCAUUCCUCGAAGAUGCGAUGUUAGUCUCUUGUGGGCAUUCAUUUGGUGGUCUCACAUUGAGAAGAGUCAUUGAAACAACAAGAUGCACCCUCUGCGGUGCAGAUAUUGAGACGGGGUCUUUGGUUCCUAAUCAUGCGCUUAGAGCUGCAGCUGCAGCAGUCAAGCAUGAGGAUGAUCGAAGGCUAUUUCAUAAUGCGACUGUCCGAAAGCGUCGGAAAGAAUUAGUUGACCAAAUGGAUUCAUCAAGAAGACCAAACAAGGAAAAUGGAGAUGUUGGUGCAGAUGGGAUUCGUGGGGUGCAGUACCCGUUUUCUGUGAAUGAAAAAGUGGUAAUUAAGGGGAACAGGAGGACUCCAGAAAAAUUUGUUGGCAAGGAAGCGGUCAUCACAUCCCAGUGUCUCAAUGGCUGGUACUUGCUCAAGAUUAUUGCAACUGGAGAGAAUGUUCGGUUGCAAUACCGUUCACUGAGGAAGAUGUAGAACACACCUGCAAUUGAGAGCGUUGUUGCUCGCAACCCAUCCGGAGCAGCAUCUCAUGAACUCGUUAGAUUCGUUGUAACAGUAAACCUCUGAAAGUGCAUAACUAGAAGUUGCUCGCCUGUCCACGUCUUGCAGAAGAAAAUUUAGUACGGCUUUGUUGUAACUUGUAACUGGCGAAUAUUGUUUAUGUAACCAAAAGAGAAGUAGUGUGUAUUAGAAUCCGAGAGUUUCUGUUGAGCGCUUGUAACUGAAAAUUUACGGAUUAUUAUAACUUUUUUUUCUUCUUCCAAAA